GACAGACGGGAGAGGACAGACAGACGGGAGAGGACAGACAGACGGGAGAGGACACUCUCCUCUCCUGCAGUUCACUUGCAGUUUGGUUCUCUGACCAACUCAGUCCCUCAGAACUGCACUUCACUGCAGAGCCCAUGGACCCGAUCACAAAGUGGAGCCCGAAACAACUGGUGGAGUGGAUUAAAGGGUUGGACGACUGCCUACAGUACUAUGUUUGCAAUUUUGAGCGAGAGAAGAUCAACGGUGACCAACUUCUCCGGAUUACUCAUCAGGAUCUCGAAGAGUUGGGAGUGACACGUAUUGGUCACCAGGAGCUCAUCUUGGAGGCUGUAGACCUGCUUUGUGCUCUGAAUUAUGGACUGGAAACAGAAAGCAUGAAACACAUCGCCUUGAAGUUGCGGGCAACUGCCAACAACCUCCAGAGUUUCAUUGACGCAAGACGAAAAUGUGCUGGUUAUGUUGGCACAACCUCUCGCAAGCCUCCCAAUGACUUCCUUACCUCAGUUGUGGAUCUUAUUGCAGCUGCUAAGGCAUUGCUAGCUUGGUUGGACAGGACACCGUUUACAGGAAUCAGCGAUUAUUCGGGGAUGAAAAACAAGAUCAUUCAGCUGUGCUUGGAUUUGACAACAACGGUUCAACAGGACUGCACUGUGUUUGAAAUGGAAGCGAGUGUUUUCAAUGUCUGCAAAGUUCUUAAUGGCAUUUGCGAUCAGACGAUCAGAUCAGCGUCUGACCCUUUGUUGAGUCAAAGUGCAUGUCUGGAAGAGGUUCAUUUAACCAACAUCAGACCAAAUGAAGGACUGGGAAUGUAUAUUAAAUCAACAUACGAUGGAUUACACAUUGUAACCGGGACGACAGAAAAUUCGCCUGCUGAUAGAUCGCGAAAGAUUCAUGCCGGAGAUGAGGUGAUCCAGGUGAAUCGGCAGACUGUGGUUGGCUGGCAAUUAAAGAACCUGGUUGGAAAACUGCGAGAGGAUCCUACGUGUGUGGCACUGCUGCUGAAGAAAAGACCAUCCAACACGUGCAAUUUUACUCCCGCUCCUCUGAAGAACAUGCGCUGGAAACCACCAGUUGCACAGGUGACAAAAACCAGCUCCCCACCAAACAUAACCCCGUCUACAGCCAGCACGAUGGAAAUGUCUGUGAAGAAAGAAAAGCCAGCGAUUGACGAUCUGUACAUCCCACCCCCGCCAGCUGUACCCUAUACUCCGCGGAAUGACAAAGGCGAUUUGGAUUAUGAAGAGGUCAGGAAGCAAGGGCCAGUAAGGCCUGUACCGAAGGGUUCUGAGUCACCAAAUUCCUUCCUUGAUCAAGAAUACCAGAGACGCCGAUUUACCAUCGCUGAUUAUGACCACUUGCCUCCGUAUGCAUUGGAAAUUCUUAUACCGACAAAACUGCGGGACAAGACAUAUUUAUAUGGAAAACCUCGUCCUCUGUCGAUGCCUGUCGGGAAUUGGAUUGGCGCAAUGGAUUCUCAUCGAAAACCUCGAGUGGAAGGAAGGAAAGGGGAGGACAUGUACAGGUAUUUCAGCAAUGAGAGAAUUCCACCCAUCAGUGAAGAGUUAAUCGCAACACACAUGCCGAGGCCCAUGUCUGGCAGACCAUUUGGGAGGGCGAUUAAUGGCAAUCGUUCGGUCAGUUCUGAGGCCCACAGCAGGAUGCCCUUCUCUCUUCAGCAAGUGGGAAUCAAAAGGAACUCUGCCAGUUCACCGGAGAAAUCGUCCUCAUCACAAGAACAUUCAUCACUGCUCAAGGUAUCCGAAGAACUUUGACGGAGGGAAUUCCAUGUUCAAAUUUCAGUUCCUCAAAAGUUUUAGACCAUCAUAUUGGGGAAUGUUCUGAAUUGUGGUUAUACCUACCUACUCAGCUCCAGCUCUUAGACCACAAUCAAUCUGGACAAGUACACUUUGUUGUGUGGUGUUAAAGACUACAUAAUUCUGACGUUUUUUCUAAAUCUAUUAAAACAAAAUCCUUUCCGAUGUUUAACUGACAAAGGCCCUGAAGUGACAAAACCUUAGAAAUGUGGGAAGAGAUUUCACAAAGUAAGAUUGCAAACUGAUCUUUGGGGUGGAAGAUGAGAGCCUGAUGCCAAUUGCUAAGUUCAAGAAUUGGUAUAAGACAUGGACGUGACACUGAAGUUUCCAUUGAUUUGAACAAAGUAGACUGUAUAAACUAUGAUGGAACAAGAUUCCUGUUUCACCUCCUAUGUAAAUCAAACCCACGAGGGCUGUGUACAGUUUAUAAAGACAAAUUUUGGAAACAUAAUUCAGAAAUGGGCUACAAAUCUGAAUGUAGUUUUCUUGCCAAAUAGAAUAGAUAGUUGUGCAAUUGAAGUGCAGCUUCACAGCUAUUCAGGCAUCCAAGAGUAUUUAUAAAUAUAUAUAUAUGUGUUCCUUAAUGAGGAUUUUUUUUACAAAAAUGGUGUUGAUGUAUAAUAUCAAAAGGUCUACCAUGGCUUUCUGACGUUCUUUCAUUCAGUGUGUGAGCUAAGUGUGUGACGAAAGAAGCAUUGAAUACCAUGGCAUUCCCCAUUUGCUUAAGGCAAAAUUUGCACAGGGAAUAUGUGUCAAUAUUUUUUUUAAACAUGUAAAGGUUUUGACUGUUGCCUCUCUCAAACUAAACGUAAUUGGAUGGAAGGGAAAGAGAAAGACAUGGUGGGGUAAGGGACAAUCUUAAGGGACUCAUCUGGAGUUUUUUUUAACGGUGGGGGAAGGGGGGGGGAAUUGUGUGUAUGUGUGCGUACGCAUUUGGGUCUAAAAGAAAAAUUUACGGAGUUAAGAUGUCACUUUGGAGGAUCAGCUAAAAAUUCAAACUGUAAAUAAUUGUAACUUGACUGACUGCCUUUGUUCAAAGUUGUUUUACCGUUCACGCUAGUGUCCAUUAAAGUUUCAGUAUUUUUCAAA